ACUCGCCGGAACUUCAUAAAUCAUCGCCGGAGAACACUACUCAUUUUCCGGCUAAACUGAUUAUCAGUGGAGUUCAGUUCACAUACAUGAUCCUGUGUUUCUCUCUCUCUACCAACACCAAUAAUGUCGAUGUAUGAUAAAGCAUUUAUGAACAGUGAGCUGUCAAAACCUACCUCUAUAUUCGGUCUGCGGCUAUGGGUUGUGGUCGGGAUCUUCGUCGGAGCUAUCAUUGUUCUCGUACUUUUUCUCUUAUCCGUCUGCAUCACCUCCCGCCGGCGUCACUCCAACUCGAGGAAGAAACCUGAACAAACCCUAACCCCUGCAGUACCGAAAGAAAUACAAGAGCUCGUCCACCACGAUUCGUUAGCUGCGGUGGAUCACCGGAUGUCAGUACCGGAGAUCCAAAUCGAUAUAGGGAAGUCGGAACACCGUGUGGUUUUUUCCGAUCGGCAAUCGAGUGGUGAGAGUAGGGCUACAAGUAACGAUACGGCGUCGUAUGGUGGUGGUAGUGGCGGGUCGUCGUUGCCCCAAGUGUCGCAUCUAGGCUGGGGGCGGUGGUAUACCCUCCGGGAGCUUGAGGCAGCGACAAACGGAUUGUCCGAUGAGAAUGUGAUCGGAGAAGGAGGCUACGGUAUAGUGUACAGUGGUAUUUUGGGGGAUAAUACUCGUGUGGCAGUGAAGAACUUAUUGAAUAAUAGGGGUCAAGCCGAGAGGGAGUUCAAAGUAGAGGUAGAAGCAAUUGGGCGUGUUCGACACAAGAAUCUUGUUCGCCUGCUAGGAUAUUGUGUUGAAGGAGCCUACAGGAUGCUAGUCUAUGAAUACGUAGACAACAAGAAUUUGGACCAGUGGCUUCAUGGGGAUAUGGGGGAUGUCAGCUCUUUAAUGUGGGGUCAUCGUAUGAAUAUCAUCCAGGGAACUGCAAAGGGUUUGGCAUAUCUUCACGAGGGUCUUGAACCAAAGGUAGUCCAUCGGGAUAUUAAAUCCAGCAAUAUAUUACUUGAUCGUCAAUGGAACGCUAAAGUUUCCGACUUUGGACUUGCUAAGCUUUUGGGUUCAGAUACAAGUUACGUGACAACUCGUGUGAUGGGAACUUUUGGCUACGUUGCACCAGAAUACGCCUGCACGGGUAUGUUGACCGAGAAGAGUGAUGUAUAUAGCUUCGGAAUACUUAUUAUGGAGAUACUUACGGGAAGAAAUCCAGUAGAUUACGCUCGACCACAAGGGGAGGUGAAUUUAGUGGAAUGGUUGAAGACGAUGGUUGGAAACCGUAAAUCUGAUGAGGUGGUUGAUCCUAAGUUGCCCGAGAUGCCGUCUUCAAAGGCAUUAAAACGUUUACUGUUGGUGGCUCUUCGGUGUGUAGAUCCGGAUGCACAAAAGCGGCCUAAAAUGGGGCAUGUACUUCAUAUGCUUGAAGCCGACGACUUGCUACUUCCCACUGAAAGAAGAGAUUCUUCCCGUUCCAAUCGUAGAUUACUCGAUAAACAAUCCAUCGAUAGGGAUUCAGAUACGAGUGAAGGCGAUAGCAGCCGAUGGAGGUAACACAAGAAUCGAAUUUGAUCGAGGUCUCGAAUUCUCUCUCAAGUUGAUUACUCCAUCCGUCCCAAAAUAAGUGUUCAUAUUGAAAAAGACAGACGGUUUUAGAAAAGUGUAAUUAUUACACUUUUUAAUGAAUUAAAUGACAGUUUUACCCUUGAUAACAGAGGGAGUAGUUAAUUUCUCCAUCUGAUAAUUAAGGGUAGAACGGAAAAAUGCGUAAGUGUACACUUAUUUUAGGACGAAUCGAGUAUUUAUUAACCAUUUUUUCAUUUUCUUUGUAUGUAAUUUCAAAAAAUUUAUAAUUUAUGAUCAUUCUUUUGUUUGAUGCC